AGACUUGGAAAGGAGGCUGCCUUGUUACACAACAACCCCUUCCUUGAGGCGCCCUCCCUCUCCUCGGGCACCAAACCCCUCGUUGUGUUGUUGUUUUGAACCUUUUUUUAACGAGAGAGGGAGAGAGAAGCGGCUCUCCGAGCCCCGAGUCCCCUCCCUCUUUCUCUCUGGGCGAAGGAUUACUGCUGCUCUAAUCUGGCGGCGGCGAGGGAGGGAUUUACCUGCUGCUCUGCUUCGGCUUCUCGAUCUCCAUUCCUCGGAGAGAAAGGCGAGACUCUUCCCCGCUCAUCGGAGCCUUGGAAGGGGAAACUUUCCACUCUCUGGGCGAAUAUUAUUAUUGCCGCUCUCUCUUCUCAAAGCCGCGCCGCCGGAGGAACAUUCCCCCUCGGAGAGACCACAGGGCUCUCUGGAAUGGCAGUGGCCAUGGAGUGAAAGCAGCUUACACAGCUGGAGGGGAAGCAGCGAAGAAGUGGGGAGAGGAAAGAGCAAUGUGAGUGUGAAGACUGCACUGCAGCCAUUGCCUUCAAGCCCAGCAUGUUGUUUGCAUGUGCUGUGAGAUUUAUCAGAAGAAAAUUGUACUUUGUUUAAAUAUCAAAAAUGUCUGUUCAUACCUGACACUUGUAAUUCAGUGAUUGACUACACUAGCUUCACAGGGAAUUUAACAUGGCCUAGUUGAAUUUAUUUUUGGAGAGUUGAUGAUGUCCACAGCUACAAGUUGCAAGAAAAACCAUCAGGCUGUGAGCCUAGAAGGAGUUGACCCAGAGACAUGCAUGAUAGUUUUUAAAACCCAUUGGGCACAGGUUAUAAAAAUCUUGGAGAAGCAUGACCCUUUAAAAAACGUUCAGGCCAAAUAUGGGGUAAUACCUCCAGAUGAAGCCAGUACUGUGCAGAAUUAUGUGGAGCACAUGCUCUUCCUUUUAAUUGAAGAACAAGCAAAAGAUGCAGCAAUGGGCCCUAUCCUGGAGUUUGUGGUCACUGAGAAUAUCAUGGAGAAACUUUUUCUUUGGAGUUUGAGGCGGGAAUUCACUGAUGAAAUGAAAAUCGAACAACUGAAGAUGUACGAAAUGCUUGUCACACAAUCCCACCAGCCCUUGCUGCAUCACAAACCCAUCCUGAAACCUUUGAUGAUGUUGUUGAGUUCUUGCUCAGGAACCACAACCCCAGCUGUAGAGAUAGACUUGGUAGUUCUUCUCAACCAGCUCUGCUCAAUCCUAGCCAAAGAUCCGUCUAUCUUGGAACUCUUCUUCCACACCAGCGAGGACCAAGGAGCUGCAAACUUCCUGAUUUUUUCGCUCCUGAUUCCUUUCAUCCAUCGAGAUGGGACUGUUGGCCAGCAGGCUCGUGAUGCAUUGCUUUUUAUAAUGUCACUUUCUGCAGAAAACAGUGUGGUUGCAAAUUACAUUGUAGAAAACACUUACUUUUGCCCAGUACUAGCAACAGGCCUAAGUGGCCUCUAUUCAUCUUUGCCUACAAAGCUGGAAGGUAAAGGAGAAGAAUGGAACUGUUUGCUCAAAGACGACUGGCUUCUUUCUCCAGCUCUUGUCCAGUUUAUGAACUCACUUGAGUUCUGCAAUGCAGUAAUACAGGUGUCUCACUCUCUGAUUCGUAACCAACUUGUGAACUACAUUUAUAAUGGGUUUCUGGUACCCGUUAUGGCCCCAGCUCUUCAUAAGGUGACUGUGGAAGAGGUAAUGACUACAACAGCAUACUUGGAUCUCUUCUUAAGGAGUGUUUCAGAGCCAGCUUUACUCAAGAUCUUCCUUCGGUUCAUUCUACUUCACCGCCAUGAAAAUGUGCACAUCCUGGACACACUCACAAGCCGCAUAAACACUCCAUUUAGGCUCUGCGUGGUGUCCUUGGCAUUAUUCAGAACACUUAUCAGCUUACAUUGUGAAGAUGUGAUGUUACAGCUAGUUUUAAGGUAUUUGAUACCCUGCAAUCACAUCAUGCUCAGCCAAAGAUGGGCUGUGAGGGAACGAGACUGGUAUUCUGUAUCUGCUGCUAGAUUGCUUGCCUUGACUCCAGUCUGCUGUUCCAGUGGGAUUACUUUGACUUUUGAAAGACAAGAGAAGGAUUACAUCCUGUGGAGAAAGAACAUGUAUGGGGCAGGUUCCCCUGAAAGGUCUACGUGUGGUGGCAUUACAGACUCCACAUGUAUUGUUGAAUGUGGGAAAACAGUUGAUAUCAGUUAUCUCCAGUACCUCUGGGAUGCUCAAACCCUUAUACUCCACUGCAUGAAAGAUUGUGAGGUUUGGUCUUCUCCAUAUGAUGGUGAAAAUCCAGAUCCGUAUAACUUUAUACAAACACUUGCUGAAGAGGAUAGUAAAAACCUAAAUCAGCCAAUUUUUCAACUUAAGCACAGAACCUCUAGCAACUCUCAUUCCUCUCAGGUGACUCCAUUGACGGAAAAGAUGCAGCUGGAACUAGAAUGGGACGAUAGCUAUGAUACGGGGAUAUCUCCUGGAUCUGUUAUGGGUUCACCUCAACACAAUGAUAGUUUACAGAGUGUAGAUGCAAAACCUCCUGCAGAGCCACCAAAGCACAUUCAAGAGAUGAAGAAAAAUGCAAUAAUGUUGAUCAAAGGGUCAUAUAUAGAGGAGUCAGACUUUCAAGAUGAUGUCAUGGUUUAUAGAUUAUGUGCUCAGAAAGAUGCACAGGAAAGGAACAACUCAAAAGAAUCCCCAAUGCCAGAAUCCCCAAAUGCACAUAAUCCAAGCAUGUUCCUUACCAGUGACAGCCAUAAAAGUUCCCAACCAGAGUGCAAUGUGAAAAAUUCCAACAUAGCUGAACAUACAGCAGUUGAGAUCCAUGAAAGAACUAUUGAAACCAGCCCACAGUCUGACUUGGAACUGGGGUUGCUUUCCUCAGAAGCAGAUCACAAUGCUAAUGUGAGGUUGCUCAGUCCAGAAAAUGAGGAUUUUAUUUCUCAAUGUGAUAACAUCAUUAAAGAAUUGGAUUCUAACUGUACAGGGUUGGUAGAGCUUAAAUUGCUUAUUCCUGAUGCUGUUUCUCCCAUGGAAGAGGAAGAGGACUUUGAAAAUUUUUCAGCUGACACUCCAUCCACAGAAAGUAUGCCAUCACCCUUUGGAUCCAAAGAGGCAUGGUUAAGGAAUCCUUCAAGGAUCCAGAAUAUCCCAUUUACAGGUCCAUUUAUCAGUGUGGUGCUUUCAAAGCUGGAAAACAUGUUGGAAAACUCUUUGCAUGUGAAUUUGCUACUCAUUGGUAUCAUUACCCAUCUGGCUAGUUACCCACAACCUCUUCUCCGUUCCUUUCUGCUUAAUACCAACAUGGUAUUUCAACCUAGUGUGCGAUCAUUGUACCAGGUGCUAGCUUCUGUGAAAAACAAAAUCGAGCAGUUUGCUUCCAUUGAAAAGGAUUUUCCUGGUCUUCUCAUGCAAGCCCAACAAUACCUCCUUUUACGGGUGGACAUGUCAGAUAUUCCUCUGCAGUCACUGGCCAAAGACAACACCCAGCACAACAAUGUCACUGGGAAAAGUAGGAAUCUUUCAGAUGCUUCUCAAGCCAUCCUGCAUCCCUUUUCGGGAAGUAAGGCAAAGAAAGGAGCGGCUCUUCCCAGCGUUCCUCUGCACAUCCGGAACGCCAUCCUCGCAGCUGCCCUCUUCCCAGAGUUUCUUAAGGAGCUUGCUGCUCUUGCACAGGAACAUUCCAUUCUGUGUUACAAAGUAUUUAGCGAUUUUGACGAUUAUUAUUAGUUUUAAGACUUCCUUUUUUUAAAAAGACAUUUUAAAUGUUUGUUUUAAACACAAGAACUGCUUAUUAAGGAAAAUGUUACUUUAUAUUCCUGGUAAUACUUGAUUCAGGGAAAAUUGUUACAUCUUCAUGUUGGGCCUUAUUUCCAACUGUGCAACAUACAAAUUUAGUAUAUUAAUUUUUAACUAAUUGGUUUUAAUUUUACCUUAUUCUUACCACUGAUUUUGGUUACCUCAAAUUCCCCCUUUAAAACAUUGCAGUAGAUGUUCUGGGGCCUGAUCUACCCUCAUCAUUUAAUUCAGUUUCAAACCAUAUUGGAGGAAAUGGUUUCACUGGAACCGAUUUGAGGCCCGAAUGGUGAUUACACAAACCACAGAGCACUGAUGCACAUUAACAGCUUUCUUUCACAUACUUUUGUGGAAGUUUGUUUGGCUGCUGCAGUUUGAAGCUAGCUUUGAACUGCAUUAAAUGGUCAGUGUAGAUAGGGCCUGGGUUAAAUAAAUGACUACAAAAGAUGUGGACAACACAUGCUCCCUGGAUGUUGAACUUCAACAUGCAGCAAUGCUGUCAACCAUAAUCUAUGGAAGUGGUUCUCAACCUGUGGGUCCCCAGGUGUUUUGGCCUACAACUUCCAGAAAUCCCAGCCAGUUUACCAGCUGUUAGGAUUUCUGAGAGUUGAAGGCCAAAACAUCUGGGGACCCACAGGUUGAGAGUCACUGAUUUAUGUUGAAGGGCAAUGGGAGUUGUCAUCUAAUAUUUUGGUAGGGCCAAACAAUUUUUUCCCCUGACAACUCCAAAAAGCCUUUUGUAUAAAUGACUUUCUAGGUACCUGUCAAAAGAGUUAACAUUCUUCUAAAUUCUGCUUUACCAGUGGCAGAAGCUAUGAAUCCAAAUGGAUGCAAUGUAUAUAAGCCCAUUACUUGGUGACAUCAGGUGCUGUGCUGAAUACAUACCAUAUUGCCUUAUGUUAUGGACAAGUCUGACACUCUCAGCUGUUCACUCUUCUGAAGUGUAGAAGAAAUGAGCAAAUACAUCUUGAAUGCAGACGGUGUGGAAUAUUGCUCUGCCAUUUCUCAGCGUUCUUUGGAAAAACCUAGGUUGUUUCCUAAGCACUCAAGCCUUAUUUUAGUAAGAUUUGCACAUGGGUAAAAUGUUUCUAUGCAAGCCGUAACUUUUCUAGAACAUGUUUGUAUUCUUUCAUUGAUAAGCUGAAGAUAAAUAUUUAAGUAAAUGUUUUAGUAGUGUUUAAUAGCUUAACAUGCUCUGGAAGUUACUGUUACAUGUUUUGUAAGUCAUAAUUUUGUAAAAUGGAAAAUAAUAGCUUGCUUCUAUAAGCUAAUUUUACUGGGUUUGAGAAAAGCUUUGUGGUACUUGUAAACACUGGCUAUUUAUUUGCGAUGUACAUUGGCGCGUCCCAAUAUUGCACUUGUGAGGGAUGGCAGAAGUGUAAGAGUGGAUGCUACCUGGGAUAUAAAUACUAGAAUCUGUUGCCGUUGGUGUCCAAUUGCUUAAGAACAUUUUCUUUUGUGAGUAAUGAGACUCAUUAGAACAGGCCCAAACAUGAUGAAUUGGAACAUUACAGCUGCAUUUCAGCUUGUGCAAGUAAGAGUAAUGGUUCCUCUAGUGCAGAAGUUGGCUUUAUGGAACCAAUGCUUUAGCACUUGAAAGCUUUCAUUUCCUUUUACAAUAGGUAGGAAUGAGAAACCGCUCUAAAACCGAUGGAAACAGGCUAUUAAGACAGGCCUUGGAAGCAAUUAUUUUUUUUACCUGUUUGUAAAUUGUACACUGAUGUAUUAAUAGUAGCAGGAAGAGUUUGUAUCUUCCAUAAUUGAGCAUGGCACCUGCACAGAUACGUCUUUCAGAAAUCUCUUUAGAGGAUUGUCCAAUCCUUGCUAGAAAAUAGCACAACAUUCCUUUAUUGUAAAGAGAAUAUUGUUCUCCUGGUUUUGCCCUAAUCUGAUCUCUUUGCUUUGUCCUCUGUACCAUCUGUGGAAGCAGGAGUACAACUCUGUGGAGGGUAUAGGGGGGAGACAGGAGGAAGACUUCAUCUCCUUUUAGGCCAUCAGCAGAGCAUUUGAAGUUGUAGAAUACCUAUCAAGGUAAGGGCCUAGUAGUGGUACUUUUAGCCUGUUUUCCAUUUCUGCUGCUAUCUAUAUGUUGUACACAGUUCUUCAGUAAAUAAACACAGCUGCCUCAUGAUUUUAA